AUGCAUGAAACAACUCCAAGCCAUGGGAAAAAGAGAGGGAAAUCAACAGAAGCAGAUAAUGCAUCACCAAUUCGCUCUUUAAGGUUUUCCAUGGAAAAUCCAGAAGAAUUGACUCCAUCCAAAGUUGUAUCAAAUAUAUAUAAAUCACCAGCUAGGGAAACGUGGGCAAAAUCAAAAAGAGACGAAAUUGAUGACUUUAUUUCAUAUGCAGUUGAAAAUUUAACGACAUCAGACUUAAGAUAUCUGAAUUCAAAAUUAGAAUCAGAAGGACUCGUAAAAAAUGCAUCAGGUAAUACUCAAGUAUUCAAAUGUGCAAUUUGCCUUAAUAAUGUUAAUGAUUUCACGAUUUCUACAUGUGGCCAUGUAUUUUGUCGAAAAUGCAUUGAAAAAUGGCUAGAAUCAUCAAACACUUGUCCUAAAUGUCAUUGUUCAAUUACAGCAAAUGAUAUUAUCGUUCCCAAAGUUUCGGAUCCCGAUAUUGAAGAUGAAAGCCAACCCGUGUUAGUCUCAGUAUCUAAUAACGCAAUUAUUGCUAACAAAUCGCUUUUAUAUGUAAUAGUUUUUGUUGUUCUUUUAUUAUUCUUCAUUCCUUUUACUUAA